CGAAAAUAACCACACUGGGCCAAACCACGUAUUCACAACUAGGCUUUAAAAUCAAAAUCAAACUUCCGUCGAAGAACGGAAAUGGCGAGACGUCUCCGCCUUCUUCAGAAGUUCCCCACGAAUACCCCCUAUCUACCGUUCUGCAAAUGCUUCUGUUCCAACUCUGUACCAUCCAACCUCGACCACGUCGAACCUGACGCCGACAAACUCACCAGCCCUCAAGACAAAGACCGCCAUGAACAAGUUCGAAAUCUUCGAAUCCUCCUCCAACGGGGUAGCAACGAGACCGCCAAAAGGCUGAUGAAGUCUCUGAUCAUCUCUAAGUCUCCAUUCUCGUCUCCCUCUGACCUUUUCUCUCUCUUCUCUCUCUCUUCGCCUUCCUUCAGACACACCUUCUCAAACAUCCUCUUAUCCGUCUGUGCUGAAUCAAAGCUAGUCAAUGAAUCCGUAGAGCUGUACAUGUUAGUCAAGAAAGAUGGGACCUUUCCUUCUUUGUUGUCGUUUAAUAUCUUACUUGAAUCUUUGAUCUCUUCAGGUCAGUAUAGUAAGACCCUUGAUUUAUUCUCUGAAGCAGUCGAUUCGGGCAUUCGGGUCGAUAAAUUUACUUAUGGUAAGGCUGUGCAGUCUGCGGUGAAGUUGGGUGACUUGAAAAGGGCUGUGGAUGUGAUGAAUUCUAUGAAAAAGCGUGGUAUGAGCCCCAAUGGGUUUAUAUAUAAUGUUUUGAUUGGUGGGUUUUGUAAGGAGAAGAGAAUACAGGAUGCACAGAAGCUGUUUGAUGAAAUGAUUGACAAAAGGGUGGUUGUGAAUCGUGUUACGUAUAAUACACUUAUUGAUGGGUACUGCAAGGUUGGGAAUUUGGAGGAGGCGUUUAACGUUCGGGAACGGAUGAAGUCGGAAAAUGUGGAGCCGAAUCUUGUUACGUUUAAUUCCUUGCUAAGUGGGCUUUGUCGGGCGAGGAGGAUGGAGGAGGCGAGGAGGGUGUUGGAGGAGAUGGAAGCUUAUGAGUUAGUUCCUGAUGGGUUCACUUAUAGUAUACUUUUUGAUGGGCAUUCGAGGUGUGGUAAUGCUGAUGCUUCGUUGGCUUUAUAUGAGGAAGCAGUGAAGAAAGGGAUUCGGAUAAAUGGCUACACUUGUAGUAUUUUGUUGAAUGGAUUGUGCAAGGAAGGAAAGAUGGAUAGGGCUCAGGAGGUUUUGAAAUUUUUGAUAGAAGGUGGUUUUGCUCCAACAGAGGUGAUAUAUAAUACAAUUGUGAAUGGGUAUUGCCAUGCUGAUGAUAUGGGAAAAGCCCUUUCAACCAUUGAGCAAAUGGAAAUUCAUGGAUUGAAGCCUAACUACAUUACAUUUAAUACACUGAUCAACAAGUUCUGUGAAUUGGGUAAAAUGGCUGAAGCUGAGGAAUGGUUAAAGAAGAUGGCAGAGAAAGGAGCUCCCCCAAAUGCACAGACGUAUAACACCUUAAUUGAUGGAUAUGGACGGAGCCGUCAGUUCGAGAGGUGUUUCCAGAUUCUUGAAGAAAUGGAAAGUAAUGGAUUGAAGCCCAAUGUUGUAAGCUAUGGCUCGCUUAUAAAUUGUUUAUGCAAAGAUGGUAGGCUUCUUGAAGCUGAACUAAUCCUCCGCGAUAUGGUAGAUAGAGGGGUUAUGCCGAAUGUGCAAAUAUAUAAUAUGCUUAUUGAUGGUCAUUGCACAGGGGCGAAGUUGAAAGAUGCUUUCAGGUUUUUAGAUGAGAUGUUGAAUAAUGAUGUAGUUCCCACAGUGGUAACAUACAAUGCACUCAUAAAUGGGCUCUGCAAAAAGGGUAGAGUGGUGGAAGCUGAAGAAUUGACCCUCCAGAUUACAGGUAGAGGUUUAAAGGCUGAUAUGAUCACAUACAAUUCCCUAAUCUCAGGGUAUUCCAGUACAGGGAACAAAGCAAAAUGCUUAGAGUUAUAUGACAAUAUGAAAAAGUCUGGCAUUAAACCCACCUUGAAUACUUUUCAUCCUCUAUUUAGUGUAUGUAGCAAAGGAGAACUGGCACUGGUGGAGAAAAUGGUUCAAGAUAUGUCGCAGAUGAAUUUGGCUCCUGAUCGACUUGUAUAUAAUGAACUCAUUCGUUGUUACACAGAGCAUGGAGAUGUUCAAAAAGCAAUUGCCUUGUACCAUGAGAUGCUAGAUCAGAGAAUUCAUCCUGACAAGAUGACCUACAAUAGUUUGAUUAUGGCACGCUUUAAAGAGGGGAAAUUGGAGGAAGUGAAAGGUCUCGUCGAUGAUAUGAAGGCUAAAGGAUUGGUCCCUAAAGCGGAUACUUAUAGCAUACUGAUUAAGGGACAUUGCCAGCUUAAGGAUUUAACUGGGGCGUAUGAUUGGUAUGGAGAAAUGCUUGAGAAUGGUUUUCUUCCAAAUGUCAGUAUUUGUAAUGAGCUUUCCUCCAGCCUUAGAGAGGAAGGGAGAUUGCAAGAGGCCCAAAUAAUCUGCUCAGAAAUGAGCAUUAAGGGAAUGGAGGAUUGGAGCACAAAUGAGGAUCUUUCUGCUGUUGCCAAAAUGUAGUGAAGAAAUGGCUUGUAUGGAUGUUGCAGCAAAGAUCCUUUCAUUUUCUCAAAAGGGUACUAGAGGAAUUUGUGUCCUUUCUGCCAAUGGAGCUGUUUCUAAUGUUACUAUUCGUUAGCCUGGUUCUUCUGGUGGUAUCUUGACAUAUGAGGCAAGAUUUGAGUCCCGUACUAUCUCUUUUCCUUUAAAACUAGCAAUCUGUCUUUUGUGCACAUGGACUAGAUCUUUAACAUCAAUGAGAGUUUUAUUUUUUGAAUAUAUGUACAAUUGUUCCCUUUCUGGUUUUUCCAUUUGAUGGGAAGAAUGUUUCUUUCCAGGUUGCUUAGAUGGUUCAUAGCAUGCUAAAUUAUAGUCCUAAACUAUUAGUGUUUUUGUGUGCGUGUCAAGGAUAGUCCUAUUAUCAGAUGCUCUCCCAAUUUUAUAGGUAUUUUGAUCUUGCUCUUUUUUGCAUGUUCUUAAAUCCCUGCUUCAAGAACUAGUUGGGUUCUGAAAUUGUAUAAUCUGAAUGGGAAUUUAUAGGGAUCUGAAGUAAGAAAAAGGGAUAUGUGCUGAUUAGGCCAUGAUCAUCUCAUCACUAAUUAAUUUUCCUCAUCAAAGUUGCCACAAAACAAGUAUGAAGCAUACUUCAUUUACUAAAGAAACUUCCUGCAUCAUUGAUUUAAGCUUAAAAAUUCUGACCUUAAUCAAGGACUUGGGGAGAUCCAAUUACACCCGCAAAAAUGAUGAAGAACAUUUAUGUGCUCGUGUUACUAGAACUUAAGUCAACAAUCCUGUUUCCCACACCAGCAAGAAUUAAGAAAUGAUCUACAAUGCUUCAAUAUUUUGACAUUCUUGAUUCUUCCCUUCCUAUUUCUGGCAUGUGGUCUCAGUAACAACUGUUACUUGUAUCACCUGUUGAAAUGAAGUAAAAAUUUUGAAGAUAAAGAGUCAGCUUUUUGUAUUUCAAUAUUUGUUUGUGUUGACCACCAAAGUCUGUAGCCUAGCAGUAUUUCCUCUAGUGACGGACCUAGAAAAUUAUAUGAGAAGGGGCAAACUUAUAUAGUGGGGUUUUUCUAUAAUUUUAGUGGGGGCGAUUUUAAAUUUUAUAGGUAUAUAAUACCAAAACAAAAACAAAAAAUUCAGUGGGGGUGGAUGCUUCCACUGAGCCCACAGUAGAUCCGUCCCUGAUCUCCUCUACCUUCCAAAGUGAUUGUGAGGGUUAAAGUCCCCAUGGGGGUAAAUGGGUGUGUGAAUUUCUUGCCAAGGAAUAGAUAUUAUAUAUGUUGAAAGAGAGAAAGAGAAAGAAAAUAUAUAAAAACUUAUAUGUUAUUGAGUAAGUAAUACAAUAAUACAAUGGUGUUUAUAUAAGAAAAGCUACGGGAGUAGGUGAGUGGAGAACUAGAAAACCCUAUACAUGGUAAUUCUAUAUAUGGUAAUGAAGGGUAGGUGACAACUCAUACAAUACUAACUAUACACGUGUGACAACUCAUACAAUACUAACUGUACACGUGUGACAACUCAUACAAUACUGUACAACACUCCCCCUCAAGCUAGAGAGUAAAUGUCAAUAACUCCCAACUUGUCACAUAUGGAAUCAAUAGAGUUCUUAGGAAGCGUCUUAGUGAAGAUGUCAGCCAGCUGUCUACCAGAAGGAACAAAAGGUGUAACAAUCUCAUUCGAGUUAACUUUAGAUCGAAUGAAAUGGCAAUCUACUUCAAUGUGUUUAGUCCUCUCAUGGUAGACUGGAUUGCUAGUAAUAUGUAUAGCUGCCUGAUUAUCACAAUGGAGAGGAAUUGGGUACUGGACUGAAAUCCCAAGUUCCUGUAAAAGAGUUUUCAACCAAGUAAGAUUAUAGGCAGUGUGUGCCAUGGCAUGAUACUCUGCUUCAGCACUGGAACGAGCCACAACUGACUGUUUCUUACUCCUCAUAGUGACUAGAUUUCCUCCUAUGAAGGUGCAGUAACACGUGGUGGACUGUCGAUCAGAAGGAGAAUCGGCCCAAUCUACAUUUGUAUAUCCCUCAAUCAGAAGAUGUCCGGAAGAUCGAUAAAGCAGACCACGUCCCGGAGCACCCUUGAGAUGCUUCAAGAUACGUACAACUGCCUCUAUGUGAGGUACCCGAGGACUGGUCAUGAACUAGCUCACAACACUGACUGUAUAGAAGAUGUCUGGACGAGUGAUUGUGAGGUAAAUAAGUUUACCUACAAGUCUCUGAUAAUCUCUGGAUCAUCGAGUGGGUCACCAUCAUCCACUUUAAGUUUUACAUUAGUCUCCAUGGGUGUAGUUAUAGGUUUCGAACCAAGAUAUCCAGUAUCGUGUAAUAGUUCAAGAGUAUACUUCCACUGAGAAAGACUAAUGCCUUGCUUCGACCGAGCCACCUCAAUUCUUAGAAAAUACCGAAGUUUGCCCAAAUCCUUAGUAAGGAAGCCAGAACUCAAGUGAUGGAUUAGAACUUGUAUCCCACCUUUGUCACUGCCAGUGAUAACAAUAUCAUCUACAUACACCACAAGAAUCACAAUACUACGUCGUUUUCUUAAAAAAAAAAAAAAAAAGAA